AUGUUUUCCACCUCCUACAACGCGGACUCUACCAAGUCCUUUAUGGAGGCAAUGGGAAAGAUGACCUUCCGUCUAAAUGAAUUGGACUUAGAUUAUCCAGAUUCCAAUUCGAUACCCAUAAUCGAUAAAGAGGAAAACAAAUUUCUUCAAGAAAAGCUUAAAAGGUUCGAUAAAUUAAUCCCGACCAUUGUGGAUACAGACUUUUCCAUUAGUGAAGAAGACGAGGACGAGGAACUGUCGUCAUCAGCGGAUGAAGAUUUUUAUCCUGAUUGCAGUCUACUCUCCGAGAUCCAGACAGAUUUUGAGAGAAUUGAAAAAUCAAAGAAUUUGCAUGAAAAGGGAAGUUUAUUGAACAAUGUGAUCGAUAUUUUGGAAAAUAACACUUCAGACGAACAGAUCCAAAGUUUAUUGUUUGAUCUUCUUGGGUUUGAAGAGUUUGAUUUGAUUGGCAAAUUGAUUCAAGAAAAACCAUCCAUCUUGCAACAACACAAGGCUAUCAACUCAAAAUCUGGUGAACCAAGUUUAAAAUCCAGAUUAUUAACUCCUGCCAAAAGAGAAGAAAUGAUUAAAAAAAAUUUCGAAGCCGCCAAAAAUGCCAAACUUUUGCCAACUGAAUAUUCUGCUUCCGAAAAGAAGUAUCCCCAUGUGUACGCCCAAUCUCAAAACAUUGGGAAUACCGUCAGUAUUUCAGGGAAAAAAUUCAAGUUGCCUCCUGGGACCACCAGAAAGAAUUUCGGGAAGUUUGAAGAGGUGGUUAUUCCAAUUAAUGAAGACAAGCCAAAGUAUGUCAGUUCGCAUGGGUUGAUUUACAUUGAAGAGUUGGAUCCGCUUUGUAUCAAUACAUUCCAAGGUUAUAAAUCCUUGAAUAGAGUGCAAUCUUUGGUUUAUCCUGUGGCGUAUCAGACCAAUGAAAAUAUGUUGAUUUGUGCGCCUACUGGUGCCGGUAAGACAGAUAUCGCUCUAUUGACGAUUUUGCAUACCAUUCAACAAUUCACCACCCAAAAUGUCACUGAAGAGGGCGCGUUGAAAAUCGAUAUCGAUUAUAACAAUUUUAAAAUCGUGUAUAUUGCUCCAUUGAAAGCCCUUGCUGCAGAAAUUGUUGAAAAAUUCUCUACGAAAUUGCGUUGGCUUAAUAUUCAAGUACGUGAAUUGACCGGUGAUAUGCAAUUGACAAAGACGGAAAUCAUGAAUACCCAAAUCAUUGUCACCACUCCAGAAAAAUGGGAUGUGGUCACCAGAAAGUCAACUGGGGACGACGAGCUUGUUUCUAAAGUAAAGUUGUUGAUUAUUGAUGAAGUUCAUUUGUUGCAUGAAGAUAGAGGUUCUGUUAUCGAAACUUUGGUGGCGAGAACCCUUAGACAGGUGGAAAGUACCCAAUCUAUGAUUCGUAUUCUUGGUUUAUCCGCCACUUUACCUAAUUAUGUUGAUGUUGCGGACUUUUUGGGGGUCAAUAGACAAGUUGGGAUGUAUUAUUUUGAUCUGAACUUUAGACCCUUACCAUUGAGACAAGAAAUUAUUGGUAUUAGACAACCGAAUAAUGAUUUCAGGAAAAAUAGAGAAAAUUUAACAGAAAUCUCCUAUGAUAAGUUGGCGGAAUACGUCAAGGACGGUAACCAAGUUAUGGUGUUUGUUCAUUCCAGAAAAGAAACUAUCAACACCGCCAGAGAUUAUAUUGGGUUAGCACGUCAAUAUGGUGAUUCUCCUAUCUUUGACUGUGAAGAAAAUAGUAAAUUUUAUGAUUUCGAAAAAGAAGUCAUGAAAAAGGAUAGAAGUAAAGAUUUGAAGGAUAUUUUCCGUGAUGGUUUCGGUAUUCAUCAUGCUGGUAUGCUUCGUACCGAUAGAAACUUAGUGGAGAAAAUGUUCGCUGCUGGUUCCAUCAAGGUGUUAGUUUGUACUGCGACUUUAGCGUGGGGUGUCAAUUUACCAGCCUCCACAGUUAUGAUUAAAGGGACCCAAGUUUAUGAUCCAAAGAAGGGUGGCUUCACUGAUUUAGGAAUUUCAGACGUGAUUCAAAUUUUCGGUAGAGCUGGUAGACCACAAUUUGAAAAAUAUGGUACCAGUAUUUUGUUUACCGCAAUGAAUAAGUUAGAUCAUUAUUUGGACUUACUCACCCAACAACAUCCUAUCGAAUCUAAGUUUGCUGGUAAGUUGGUGGAUAACUUGAAUGCAGAAAUUUCCCUCGGUACCGUCAUGAAUGUUGACGAAGGUGUCCGUUGGUUAGGUUAUACUUACUUAUUUGUGAGAAUGAGACAAAAUCCAUUCUCUUACGGGUUAGAUUGGAGAGAUUUGCAGGAUGACCCCCAGUUAAUUGGUAAGAGACGGGAAAUGAUCAUUAACGCCGCAAGACGAUUGCACUCUUUGCAAAUGAUUGUGUUUGAUGAAAGAUCUUCUGCUUUCAUCACCAAAGAUUUGGGAAGAAUCGCUUCCGAAUUUUAUCUUUUGAGUGAUACUGUCGAAGUUUUCAACAAAGUUUUGAGUCCUAGGGCUACUGAGGCCGACGUUUUGGCCAUGAUCAGUGUCAGUAGUGAAUUUGAUGGCAUUACAUUCAGACCAGAAGAAGAAGACGAGUUGAAAAGAAUGGAAGGUGAAACUGCCUGUGAAGUAUCCGGUGAGAUCAGCACCCCGCUGUCGAAGACCAAUAUUUUGUUGCAAUCUUUUAUAUCGAAGUCGGUAGUCAAGAACUCUGCGUUAUCAUCAGAUAUGAAUUAUAUCGCUCAAAACUCUGCCAGAAUCUGCAGAGCUUUAUUGUUUAUUGGUAUUAAUCGUCGCUGGGGGUCAUUGAGUAGAGUGAUGUUGUCUCUUUGUAAAAGUAUCGAUAAACAAAUGUGGCAUUUUGAACAUCCAUUAUCACAAUUCAAUAUCCAACCUCAAAUUAUGAAAGUUCUUAGAAACAAGAACCCAUCUAUUGACAGUUUGAAGUCAAUGGAUUUUGGGGAGAUCGGCGACUUGGUUCAUAAUAAAGGUAUGGGUAAAACAUUGGGUAGAUUGGUGGAUCGUUUCCCUAGCUUGUUCAUUGAUGCGGAAAUUUUCCCAGUGACCGCCAAUGUUAUGAGAGUUAGUGUUACAAUUGAGCCUGAUUUUGUUUGGGAUCAUAAAUUCCAUGGCACCAUCCAAUUCUUUUGGAUUUUUGUGGAAUCGAACUCUAGCUCAUCUCUUUUACAUUUUGAUAAGUUAUUAUUGAAUUCUAGAAACUUCAAAAAUCCUCAUAAGUUGGAAUUCAUGAUCCCAUUAUCUGAUCCAUUACCUUCUCAGAUCGUUGUUAGUGCGGUAUCUGAUUCGUGGAUCGGCUCAGAAACCAGCCAUAUGGUUUCUUUCCAACAUUUGAUUCGUCCAUGUAAUGAAACGGUCACUUCAAAAUUACUCAAAUUGCAACCCUUGCCGGUUUCUGCUUUACACAAUCCACAAAUUGAGAAAAUCUACAACCCUAAAUUCAGUUACUUCAACGGUAUGCAGACGAUGGUGUUCCAUUCCUUGUACCAUAGCAACUCGUCAGCAUUCGUGGGCUCUCCGACUGGUUCAGGGAAAACAAUCGCUGCCGAAUUGGCAAUCUGGCAUGCUCUAAGAGACUUCCCAGGUUCUAAAAUCGUCUACAUUGCCCCAAUGAAGGCGUUGGUCAGAGAAAGAGUCGAUGAUUGGCGUGCGAAAAUUAGCGCUAACACUAAGUAUAAACUCGUUGAAUUGACUGGUGAUUCUACUCCGGAAGCCCGUGAAGUUAGAGACGCGUCGAUCAUUGUUACCACUCCUGAAAAAUUCGAUGGUAUUUCACGUAACUGGCAAACCAGAAAGUUUGUGCAACAAGUUUCUUUGGUUAUCAUGGAUGAAAUCCAUUUAUUGGCAAGUGAUCGUGGUCCAAUUCUUGAAAUGAUUGUCAGUCGUAUGAAUUACAUUUCUUCAAAAACUCAAAAACCUGUUAGAUUGCUUGGUAUGUCUACCGCGGUGUCUAAUGCCAUGGAUAUGGCUAGUUGGUUGGGUGUCAAGGAUGCUUUAUUUAAUUUCCCACAAGCGGUGCGUCCAGUUCCUUUACAAAUGUAUAUUGAUGGGUUCCCAGAUAAUCUUGCCUUUUGCCCGCUCAUGAAGAAGAUGAAUAAGCCGGCAUUUAUGGCGAUCAAGCAACAUUCACCAAAUAAACCGGUGCUUAUUUUCGUUGCCUCUAGAAGACAGACGAGAUUGACCUCACUUGAUUUGAUUCACCUUUGUGGAUUGGAAGAUAAUCCAAAAAGAUUCCUCCGUAUGGACGAAGAAGAACUCGAAGAUAUUCUAGCUCAAGUUAAGGAUGAUACUUUGAAAUUGUCUUUACAGUUUGGGAUCGGGUUACAUCAUGCUGGGUUGGUUGAUCUGGAUCGUAAAAUAUCUCAUAGAUUGUUUGAGCAAAAUAAGAUCCAAAUUCUUGUUGCCACCUCCACUUUGGCUUGGGGGGUCAAUUUGCCUGCCCAUUUGGUUAUUAUUAAAGGUACCCAAUUCUUUGACGCGAAAAUUGAGGGCUAUCGUGAUAUGGAUUUGACCGAUGUCUUGCAAAUGAUGGGUCGUGCUGGUAGACCUGCUUACGAUACUACCGGGAUUGCGAUUGUCUAUACCAAGGAAUCGAAAAAGACCUUCUAUAAGCAUUUCUUGAACGUUGGUUUCCCAGUGGAAAGUUCCUUACAUAAAGUGCUCGACGAUCAUAUUGGUGCCGAAAUUGCUUCGGGAACUAUUACUACUCAACAAGAGGCUUUAGAUUUCUUAUCCUGGACUUUCUUAUUCCGCAGAGUUUAUAACAAUCCGACCUAUUAUGGUAUUGAGGAUACUAGCGACGGCGGCGCCAGUGAUUAUUUGACGGAUCUUGUGGACAGCAGUAUUAAAAACUUGAAAGAGUCUAAAUGUGUGAAACUUCUGAAUAAGAGCAAUAAGGUCGUGGUCACCGCCACUCCGUUCUUACAAAUUUCGUCUUAUUAUUAUAUGUCUCAUAAGACGGUACGUAUUUUCCUUGAUGAAAUCAAGCAAACUCCAACAUUUGCCCACUGUCUCAAGAUUCUUUCUUCUGCUGUCGAAUAUAAUGAAUUGCCAACUCGUCAUGGUGAAGAGCUCAUUAAUGCAGAAUUGUCCCAACAAAUGAGACACCAAUUUGAAGAUCAUUUUGAAGGCUUACCUGUGUGGGAUCCUCAUGUGAAAACAUUCUUAUUGCUUCAAGCGUAUAUGUCGCGUAUUGAAUUGCCAAUUGCCGAUUAUGCCCAAGACACGGUCACCGUUCUUGACCAAGCGCUUCGUAUUCUUCAAGCGUACAUUGACAUGGCUGCGGAAUGUGGAUACCUCAAUGCGGUUAAGAUGUUUAUCAGUUUGAUGUGGUGUGUUAAACAGGGCCAUUGGUUUGAUGAUGAUCCAGUUUUCAACUUGCCAGGGUUUAAGAUCAAACCAUUAUCGGGAGCGAAAGAUGGUGAUUCGUUGACUUUGGAGAAGCUUGGUAAGAUGACAAAACAACAAAUGUCCAAAUUAUCAAUCAUGAAACUUAACCGUCGUGCUGAUCAAUUCUACAAAGUGGCCACCAGCUUGCCUACCGGAAAAAUGCGGAUUGUUCCCCAAAAGGAUUGGAAACAGUUGGAAGUCAUUGUUGAACAUGAUAAUCAACCGCUCAAUGGCACUUUUAAGGCGUGGUGUGCCAAGUAUCCUAAAUCACAAAAGGAAGGAUGGUUCUUUAUGAUUUGCGAUGAAGAAGAAAACGAAUUGUAUUUGAUCAAGAGAGCCAAUCCUACGUUCGAAGGGAAGAAAGGGGUUGUUGCCGGAGUUUUCAAUAUUCCAAAGCAAUUAAGAGGUCAUGAAUUGAGCGUGAUUUGUGUUAAUGAUGCAAUGAAUAUUCAGUAUGCUAUGAAACACUCUUUUAUUUGA